GAAAAUUUUGCUGACUUGCAUUCAGUAUUUUGGUUUCAUUUGUUCCCAUGUACGGAACAGUUUGGAUUAUAUUUAUAUCGAACGAUGUGCUUGUUGAAAUAAAAUUAUGAAGCUUGUACCUGUGAUUGUUUUUUUAUUCGUAAUUAUCGAAGUACGUACACAAAUUGAUGUGAUAGAAGUCGAUAACAAUGUAGAUCUCAAUGGAAACGAUGAAGGGACGGAAUUUUUAGAAAAUACUCCAAUUGACUUUGAUGUGAUCGAUGAGAUCGCUGAAGAUUUGCCUUUGGUGGACAAUUUUCUCCAACAAAAAUUCUCUGAGGAUUCGGAUCACGAUUAUGAACAGCACCAGUUAAGAGAAGCCCAUGCAGAUCCCACACUGCAUAAAUGGAAACAUAAACGUCCUCUCUUUCACGGACAUACCCACACACAUAUUCACACCAUAACACAUGGCAAUUCACAUGACUAUGUGACUCCAAUCGAAGUUCAUCCAGUUAGUCAUCAAUUUGGGCAUCAAUCUCAUGUCGUUAAUCCCCCAAUCAAACAGUUGGAUUACGGAUUCAAAGCUGACCUUCGACCAGUAAACAUCGAAACAAAUCAUUGGGCAGGAGGUCCCCAACCACAUACACAUUUAUCUUACAACCAGAACUUGCAGUAUGGGAGUCAAGCUAUCAGCCAUCAAACCAGUCAAACAUCCAACCAAAAUAACCAUUUUGGUUCGUUUGGAAAGCCUACUUAUACCUCAGAUACUUUGAAACCUGGCGUGGUGAACAUAAACGGAAACAGCAACACAUUCAUCCAGUCUGGUGGUACCCAUAAACUCAUAUCGUCCCAUAAUGGGCAAGUAUUUUCUCGAGAGAAAGCUGCAUCUCCACCAGUUGGUGAAUCAUUGGUCGGUAUCAGCAAGCCAGUUGAAGAAGAUAUUUUUUGGCAUAAUACACCUGAAGGUCCAGAACCCCAAUCGAUUUCUGCAAACAUCCAGAACCCUGUCGUGUAUGAUACUGAUAUGAAAAACGUUUUGAAUGUUUUAGACGACAGGUCUUAUUUUCGUGACAGACCAGAAGUAGAACCUUCGGGUUAUGAGAGAACAGCGGAGGUAAUAAGGCAUGAAAACUCUGACGAUCAAGGUGGGUUAAAUGUACAUGAACAAGAACCAAGGGACCAAACUGGAGGUAACGAUGACAUGAAUCUGAAAUCUCCAAAUCUGAUCCAAAUACCCUUCAACAACUACUUCCACUCUUACGAUUAUGGAAGGAACAGCAGAAAUAAAAGAUCCACGAAAAAUAUCAACAUGAAUUUUCUUUCCGAUAACGCUAUGCUCUUCAAUAUAUCCAGUUGGAGACUGAAAGAAAUAAAUUCGAAGUUGGAUGACACCCUAUCGGAUUAUAGGCAAGUGGUGGAUGAAUAUCGUAAAAAAUUGACUGAUAAGAGGGAAGCUCUUUUCACUGAUAUAUUGGACAGCAUGAUCGGCCAGUUCCAGACGAAAAAUUACCAAGACUCGAAUAAAAUGGAGAAAAGAGGGAAAAGAUCAGCUACCAUUACCAAAUUGCUUAAUAAUCCGGAUGUUAGACUAGAUGUUCCAAAAACUUUGGAUAACAUUGGAGUUAUCACAAGAAAUGCUUUCGAAGACGAGAGAUCCCCUAUGUACCACGUAAGACAAUUUAUGGGGUCUACCAAAAACGCUGUCCUCUCUGCCAUGAAAAUUCCCCCUCAAAACUUGGUAAUACCAUCGAAUUACGAAAUAAGGAAUAUAAACCCCGAGGAGAUUGCAGAGGAAGAGGACCAUCUGGUGAGUGGUAUCAAUCCAAAAAUCUUAUCGCGUUCUAGCUUUCGAAAUCCCGAGUCAACUGAGAAUUUUGAAGAUACGUAUCCUAGUGAUCCUUAUGGAAUUGUUGAGACCUUUGCCAGGGUAGGAGGAGCUAUAAGAGAUAGCGUACGGUCAGGUCAAAAUACGUUGAACCACAUCAGUAACAUUGCUCAUGACGCCAGAAAAAUUUUCCACACAACCAAAAACACCGUUCCAAGGGUCUUACUCCCCUACGCGAAAGCUCCAGUACUACUCACGAGCAGAUUCAAGGAGAGCAAGAAGACGCCCCUGAAGAAGGCCAUCAUCAUAAGUCCGAAAGUUUUGGACGUCAAGGAUCCUUUAAUUGGCGCUCAGAGAAACGAUCCUGAAUUCGUUUCAAUGGGGAAUAUCAUGGAUGCUAUUGGUCUGACGAAGCCCAAUAAGGACAAAAUCGAUUUGGAAAAAAUCGUGGUAAGAAUGCCUGGACAAGGAGAAACCAGGGGAAUUUACAUACCUCCAAUUGGAGAAGUGCAAUCAGUCAACGGAAAGAGACUUCCCAAUUCAAAAGUUGAUGCACCAUUGCAAAGGAGGAACAAAGAAUACUUGGGUCGUAUACAGGAUAAAGUUGCUUCAACUAACAAAGUAGUGAAAGAAAACAUAGAAAAAAUGAAGAACGAUAUUUCAAAAACAAUAGACAAAACUAAGAAUAAAGUUAAAACUGACAUUCUACAAAUGAAGGAAAAAACCAAUAUUCAAAACGUCCCAACUAUUUCACAAAGAAGUGAUGGUUCAAACCGAAAAGAAGAUAAAAAUGGGAUAAAACAUUACACGAAAGAGGAAGAGGAUGAAAUUAUAGAUAAGUUCCUUUACAACAUUUUCAAAAUAGAUACGAACAAAAACACGAAAGCUGAACACCUCAUUUCUCUGAAUAAAAAUAAGAAAGACACAAAAUACAACGAUACAUCAUCAGUUUUGAAAAGAAAUGACCAAGAUAAGGAGGGACCACUGUUGAGAUUACCAAUUGGAGCUUCUAUCUCAGACAUAUCCCCCAACAUAACCGAAUCCGUUUUAGAAGAAACAAUAAAAAAUAUAACGAUGGAUAUUCUCAAGGAAGAAACUGCUAAGAAUUCUAUCAAAAAGAACAAAGUAAGGGAUAAAAUAUCCAAAUUAAAUGCCAGUGAGAAAAAGAAGGCGAAUUUCAAGAAAAGACCUAAAAUGACCUUGCAAUCCCGGUUUGGAGAAGAUGAUGAAGCAGACUACAUAACGACCACACCAAGAAACCCCUCAACACUCAAAAACGAAGAACUCAAUGGAAGAGACGAAGAAGAAAGGAAGGUCGAUGAAUAUGUCCUGAAUGAUGUAGCUGCUCCCAUGUUUUCUGAUUCCUCGAAUGACGAAAAGCUUAAGAGUUCGUGGAAAAUUGGUGAUGUACUUGAAUUAAUUGAAGAGCCUUCUGCUGAAGACCCCUCCAAUGAGCUCCAAAGUGGGCAGAAUGAAGAAGGAAGUGAGAGACCGGUUUUUUCAUCUAGAAAUUUGUUGUGGAUUCCGGAAGAUAGCGAGAAACAAGAAGCACCCAAAGAGACAAAUUCAGAUACUCUUGCCGAUACUGUUGGUUUGAAUUUACCUCCUCAAUUGAUGACACCCUUCAUGUCAAGGGCUUCAAAUACUAAUGUUGAGGAAAUUUUCAGGAGUACAGAUGAAGAUGAAGGAAAUGCAGCAUUUCCUGACUCAAAGACGAUAAAUGAAAAUGAUGCCCAAGAAAAUAGCGACGGAGGAGAAAUACUAGGGUUGAACCUUCCCCCAGAACUCUUGAAACCCUUUAUGGCUAGAGAUUCUAAUGCGGAUAUCGACAAAACAUUCACCAGCGAUGAAAACAACGAACAUAACGUGUGGAGUGAUAAUGACGAAAUGGAAAAUUUCCUCCCACUGCUCAUGAUGCCCCACAGAACAACGAAAUCGGUGAAGAAAACAUUGGACGAAUUCUUAAAGAAAGAAAACGAAACUAGGCAACAAAUACUGAACGUUCAGGAAAAUCGAUUAAAGCAUUCAAGACCACUGGAAAUCCAAGAACAGCCUCGAAGAUUCCCAGAACCUAUCAGGGAACAGUGGUACAUAAUUCCUCCUUCAGAAAUGUUGAGGAAAAUGUUCAAAAAUUGCGAAAGGAAACAAUGUUACAAGCUGGAAUCUCACGCAACAAAUAAUGAGGACAGAGUGAGACAUGAAGAUCCUAUGAUAUGUCUGUAUAUGUCUGAAAAUGUUUCUGUUCUUCCUCGAUAUCCAGGAUAUUCACAAUAUCUGAACAAAAUGGAGAUAGAUCAUGCAAGAAAUGGUGUUGGAGAGGCUAGAACUUCAAUGGAUGUCAGUGAAGCUCUACGAAAGCCUUUCAUGGGCUUAGGUAAUGCUGAAAAUAUCAAGAAGUUUUACGACGAGUAUAAUAAAAACCAAGAUCAGGACGAAGAUUUAUUUGGAUCCGAGGAAGGACUUUCGUUAUUCCACGAUGAUUAAAAUAUGUGAUAGGAGCAGAGGAAUUCAAUAAAUUUUAUACUUUAUUAUAAAUAAAUACUUACUUUUUCA